CUUUUGUCUCUCAAUUCCCAAAAUAGACUUGGAUGCAAAGAAAACAAGACUAAAUAUAGAAUGUUGUCCUGAAAGACUCGGAGCCAUGUUAGAAUAUUGAUAUAUCGAACUUGCUUAUUACGCGUUGUUGUUCAGUUGCAGACCUCUCAAAAGAGCAGAGAAAUUUUUCCCCUCAAAAAUGAUGGUAGCAAUUCAAAUUCAAUGGGAGAUGAUGGUUUAAAGUGAACUGCCGUGAUUACAAUACAGAGAUGGAUUUUACGUUGCAGGCCCAUAUUUACACCGUGAAUGCCAAUAUUCAGUUUGACUUUUGAAACUUGCGACAGUCCAAAGAAAUCAAAACUUUUUAGCGUUUGUCUAGAUACUACGAGAUGAACGUGACGGCAUACUGCCACGGGUUUAGGGAGCUGACCCGCCAUUUUGAGAGACUGGUCACCACGUAUCCAGCCUGGUUUGCCUCUGGUGUAGUGGAUAUAACGCCCCACUGGUAUGCGGGGAGACGCGAGUUCGAAUCCUGCUCGGGACACGAAAUUUUUCUUUCAUUUCAGAGACGUGUCUCGAAAGCCCCUUGUAAGUUAUUUACGUCUUUCUCUCUUUGGCCCUCAAAACGCUUAAUUUCCCAUACCGUGCGUUGUUCAAACCACGCGCAUCACUAUAUAUCAGCUCGUUUCCUGCAUGUAGUUUCUAUAUCUACUUGCACGUGCAAAACCAUUAUUAUAUUUGAGCUUUUGUUUAGAUGUGCGAGUUCUCUAGCUCCAUAGCAUAUGAAAUAAACAGAGAGCUAGACAGUCUUAGACAAUAUCUAAUCUCGCAACGUGCUGUAAAUGUAAUUUACAAUGUAUGGGUUCGACGUCAACUGAGUUUAAAAUUAGAUCGCCAAUCAUAAAUCGAAUAUGCUCAACGAUAGAAGAACGUGUGAAUUGGCGGCACAUUACAAUAGUUCCCAACAUGACAUUUCUCAAAUGAGGUUUAUCGUCAUUGAGCAAAUUGUAUCCUUCCAAAAUCCAUUACAUUUAGACCAGUUACUGCUUACCAGAGAAGCCUAUUGGAUGACACAAUUAUUCACACUUAAUCCGCAUGGCCUUAACAAAAGGCGGAAAUUUCGUCCCAAAAAUCGUAUUAAUUAUAGCAAUUAAUUAGACCUUUUCACAUGUUCUUGCUUCGAGAAUGAUUGUGACUUUUCCAGCUCCUAUUUUAUCCAUUAGUCCUUUGUAAAUAGUUUCAAUUUUUAUGUGACUUGCCUUUUGCGUUCACGGGCCCCGGUUGGAGGAUUCUGUUAUUUUUGUUUUUGGUGGGCUGUUCAUGGUCCCUCUGCCAGCAGGGAAUUUAUUACAGUAUUGUUUAAGGGCCCUGCUUUGGGACUAUGUAAUAGCCUUAAUUAUGAUCAUUCAGAGGCCUUUUGCGGGGAAUGUGUUACGUUUGGCUUAUUACGUAACUUUUGCCGCUUGCUUUUAUUCAUACUACUGUAAAUUAAACCUUUUUGUAUCUCUUAAUUAAGUUGCUUAUAUAAGCCUGUACCUCCGAUACACGCAGCUAAUGUAACUAGUAUUUACUUUUUAGUUUUUAACGUUUAUCUGAGGAAGGCUGAACAGCAAAAAACGUCAUUAAAUCGAGUCGGACCAGUAAGAAGUUCACCCCACUGUUCUCACUCAAUAUUUGUCUAUAAAUUCAAGUGGUGGCAUUGCAUCCUUUAGAUCCUUCUGCUGGGAGUUCAUUGUUUGUGUAAACCUUCAUAUUCUGCCUAUAUUAAAAAAAAAAUCUAUAUUCAUUUUUUUGUAUACUUCUCCUUUAGGGAAUAACCUUUCAGAAGAUUGUACGAUUUCAGAUUCGAUGAUUCAUUGAUAUUUCUAAAACAAUCCUAAAACAUGCUUUGCAGUGUAUAAAUAAUUACACGAAACCCACAAAUAUUUAUCGGGGGAAUAUAUCGGUAGAUUAUAAACACUUUCACCUAAUGAAUCAGAGCCCAUCAAAACAAAAGAUGUGACUGGAAGUGGAUUUUACUUGCAAAUAAGUACUUGUACUAGCCCGUCUCUUGAAAAGGAACUUGUCCCAACAUUUGUGUUUGUUGACUCACAAAAGGCGACAAACGGCGUCAACUUCAGAGCUCUUAUUCGAGAGCAAGUGCCUGACAUUUUUGCAAGGAGCAGUUUAGUUUCUACAAAGAUAACUGCUGCCAAGAUGUUUGCCAUCGAUUUUAUCACCUUCGUUUCUCACGGCACUCCUUAUGGUGUUGUUUGUAUCGCUGCCACGGUGCUGGCGGCUAUUUUGUUGUUCAUGGACCACUAUUCCUCGCGUUGUAGUAGGUCUGUGGAGAAUACAGAAAUCCAGUGUACUUCGUCCGGAAAGCUUAGUCGUCCAGUUGGACCUCUGGAAAAAGGCCUUAUCAAUGCCUUUGAUAAACGACACAUUCCAAAGAUUGUGUUUCUUCUGCGUCUUAAAUCGAAAGUACACCUUGUUCCCGAGAUGGUUAGGCAGGCAUUGGUGUUGCUCGCUAAACGCUAUCCACUUUUGAGGAUGAAAAUAUGCAAAGAGUCGCGCAAUGGAGAACCGGUCACCGAAUACUUCACUGAGGUGGAAGAUCCUAGUGAAAUCCCUUUUGAAGUAGUCAAGGAAUUUAACGCCGAAGAUCUUGAAUCUACUUUUGAGCGAGAACUAGAGACACCUUUUGAUCUAAACUUCGGUCCCUUGUGGCGCGCCGUUCUUUUAGAUGAAAUCCACGUAGAUGGAGCCGCGAAGGACGCAUACAAAAACUCGAUUUUCUUUACCUUUCUGCAUGUCAUCACAGACGGUCGUUCAAUCCUUCUUAUGAUGGAGCAAUUUUUUCGUUAUCUUACCCUGGUUUAUGAAGGCCAAGAAGUUGAAGUCAAAAGCAUGCCGUUCCGUCCUUCCACUGGAGUUCUGAUGCGGCACCGCUGCACUCCGUCUGUACUGGACAAAAUGGUUUACAGAGUGUCUUCGUGGAUGUCAAAUCUCAAGACGGUGUUGAAGAUUCCAAGACCUGAGAACCUAUACCUGGCCAGGUACCCACCAGUAUUCACCCGCGACCCGGCUGCAUCAGAUAAAACGUCGGUUGUGUGGCGAGAGUAUUCCUUCCAAGAGACACUGGGAUUGACCAAGGCAUGCAAAAUGUUCAAGUGCUCGGUUCAUGGAGCCAUCACUGCGGCUGCACAUUUGGCCAUGGCAAAAAUAUUACACAAAGGCAAAGAAGAAACGUCGAUAAACCCACUUAACCUUAAAUCAAGCUGCAACGUCGAUGUUAGGAAGGAAUGUCGACCCGAGAUUGAGAGCAAUGAGUUUGCAUUGUGUGUCAGCAGUUUCCGCACUGAAAUCAAGGUAGCAGCCCGGAACAAGGAUUUCUGGAAGUUUGCUCAACAUUGCGCUCGGCAUAUCCAGUGGGCGUUCUUCACUGGACAGCACCAUAAAUUCUUGAAGCAAUGCCAACUGAAAUUGAAAGAAUCUGCGCAACAAAAGGUGGCACAGUGUAACCAGCAAGAUCUGAGAGUCUUCAAUUUGUCCAACGUCGGCCGUCAGGAGUGGAAGUCAGGAGAAAAUGGGCCUUACUGCUUUGACGGACUUGCAGCGUCGGUGUCUUUGCGUCCUUCAGGACUCGUCUUCGGGCUCAUGUUUGCCACCACCAAUGGAAAGUUACGUUGCACAAAUAGCUACAAUAAGCGGGUCGUGAGCAGAGAGCAGGCCCUGGAGUUUCUUGAGCUUACUCUAGAUAUUCUAAAAGAUGCUUGUGAUAAGGUUUCUAGCUCUUAAACGCAGUAAAUGUUUCAGUAGAUAUUUACUUUUUAACCAUCGGACGUACAAAGAUAAGAUAAGAUAAAAACUUCAUUGCUGUGUUGUAAUCGCUGGCAUACAAUGUACACUAAUUGUGGUCACCUAACUACAAUUACUUGUCCAAUAAUUAAUAGAAUAUGAAAUAUAUGAACAUAUGUAAGUAUAAACUUGAAUAAAAGUAUAUAUAAAACAAACAACGAGUCUUGCAAUAAUAACUAUUGUGUUGUUCCAUAGAAAACAGUCUUUACAAGUACUGUCCAGUGGGCUUGUGAAAUUAUCCAAUUUGAUGCCUAUGCGCUUUUUAAAAGUGUCCAAUGAUUUAGUUGAUCGAAUAGUUUUGUCGAGUUUGGACCAAAUGACAGGACCUAAAUAAGUCAGGCUAUGUUUGCCAUGAGCAACAUUCCUAAAUCUGAAUAUGGUGAAAUCAGAAUUUCUAAGAUGAUACUGAGAAUUGGCAUGGUAACAACAAAUAAGUCCGCAAUGUAAGGAGGCGCCAGAGCAUUUUUGACGUAUGAGGUGUAUGAAGUGUUGCUAGUUUCGCUCUUUGGAAGAGUUACGUCCCUCAUACGCCGAUUUAUUAUCAAAAUAAACAGCGCGUAAUGCUCGCUCUUACCAACCACCUUAGCGCUCAAACAAACCACCUCAGCUUGUAACAUCACCUUGGUACAAAGUGGUGGAAAACCCGCUUGAGUUUUCGCAUCGAAUUGAUUUGAUUUCAAUCAGUUAAAAGCGAUCUUUGGUGUACAUCACUGUGUACAUUUUUUUAGUCCCUUUUAACACACGCCGACUUUGAGCCGAGAAGGCUACAUGCUCAGUUGAGACAAAUUGACUCCAAAUAGCCCGCAAGGGCUACGGGUCAAUAGCCCAUAAGGCGAAGCCGAAUGGGCUAUCG